UCAACUCCCCAGCCUCUAGUUACUGGUCGUCUUCUUCAGCUUGCCUGUUGCCGGAAACGUUUGAGCAAGCCUCGCUCCUUCACUUUCACUCUCUCUCUCUCUCUCACAUCACGCUUGGCCUUCCUCACUUCUUCCUUCCUUCAUCAAUGGCGGAGAAGCUCGCUGUGCCUCUUCUUCUUCCAAACCCACCACCCUCCAGACCCCUCUUUCCCAGUCAUCCUCAGUUUCAUCCCACGUCACCCACGCCUCCUCCAACACCGCCAAUGACCCCUCUUUUCCAAGACCUCCUUUUGAACCAUGAUUCCAAUUCUUCGCAACACCAGCACAAUAAUGCUCAAUACCCAGACGAGCCAACCAGGACACGAAGUCGAAGCCGCAUCGGCAAGUCCUUAGACCCCAACCGCGGCAAGCCUUGGUUGAAUCAUCGGCUUUCAGCUCAAGGUGCGCAGGUACUCCAAACCUUAACCGACCCAUCAUUUGAUUUCAAGCAAUUGGAUGAAACGUUAAGUCAAUCUUUAGGUUCUAGUGGGGACUCACUGUCUUCAGAUAUUUUGGGCAUAAUUAAGGGUUUAGGGUUUAACAAUAAACUUGACUUGGCAUUGAGUGUGUUUGAAUGGGUUCGAAAAAGGGAAGAUUAUGUCACGCUCUUGACUGGUUCUGCAAUUGCCGUUAUUGUUAGCCUUCUUGGUAAAGCGGGUCGGGUUUCAUCGGCUGCUGCUUUGCUUCACAGUCUGCAAGUAAAUGGGGUUGUAAUAGAUGUUUAUGCUUAUACUUCUUUAAUAACAGCUUAUUCUAAUAAUGGGAGGUACAGGGAGGCUGUGAUGGUAUUCAACAAGAUGGAAGAAGAGGGGUGUACACCUACUUUAAUUACCUAUAAUGUGAUUUUGAAUGUUUAUGGUAAAAUGGGCAUGCCUUGGAGUAAAGUUAUAGCGCUUGUUGAGGGUAUGAAAAUAAACGGGGUUGCGCCGGAUUUGUACACUUACAAUACACUUAUAAGCUGUUGUCGCCGCAAUUCUUUGUACAAAGAAGCUGUUGAAGUUUUUGAGGAGAUGAAAUUACAUGGAUUUACACCUGACAAGGUUACAUACAAUGCGUUAUUGGAUGUUUAUGGUAAGUCCUGGCGGCCAAAGGAAGCCAUGGAGGUUCUGAAAGAGAUGGAGAGUAAUGGAUUUCCCCCAACCAUUGUAACUUACAAUUCAUUGAUAUCUGCUUGUGCUAAAGGUGGGUUGUUGCAGGAAGCAACACUGCUUAAAAACCAAAUGAUGGAGAAAGGAAUCAAACCUGAUGUUUUCACCUAUACCACCCUUUUAUCUGGAUUUGAGAAGGCUGGAAAAGAUGAUUUUGCAAUGGAAGUUCUUAAAGAAAUGAUGGCAAUGGGUUGUAAACCUAAUAUUUGUACAUUUAAUGCCCUUAUUAAGAUGUAUGGUAACCGGGGAAAGUUUGAAGAAAUGAUGAAGGUUUUCGAAGAGAUCAAGUUGUGCAAAUGUACCCCUGAUAUUGUUACUUGGAACACACUUUUAGCUGUAUUUGGGCAGAAUGGAAUGGAUUCUGAGGUAUCAGGGGUUUUUAAAGAAAUGAAGAGAGCAGGAUUUGUUCCAGAGAGGGACACCUUCAACACCUUGAUCAGUGCAUACAGCAGGUGUGGUUCCUUUGACCAAGCAAUGGCCGUUUACAAGAGAAUGUUGGAAGCUGGAGUGACUCCUGACCUUUCUACCUAUAAUGCUGUUUUGGCAGCGUUGGCACGAGGAGGGCUUUGGGAACAGUCGGAGAAAGUCCUUGCAGAAAUGAAGGGUGGUCGGUGUAAACCUAAUGAGUUAUCAUACUCUUCUUUGCUUCAUGCAUAUGCCAAUGGUAAGGAGAUUGAGAAGAUGAAAGCUCUUGCGGAGGAGAUAUAUUGUGGUUCAGUUGAAACACAUCCUGUGCUUUUGAAGACCCUUGUUCUAGUAAAUAGCAAGAGUGACCUCCUGAUGGAAACAGAGCGCGCUUUCUUGGAGUUACGGAGAAGAGAGGUUUCACCUGACAUAACUACUCUUAAUGCAAUGCUAUCAAUAUAUGGGAGGAAGCAGUUGGUGGCCAAAACCAAUGAAAUUUUGAACUUCAUGCGUGAGACUGGAUUUACUCCAAGCUUGACCACUUAUAACAGUUUGAUGUAUAUGUAUAGCCGUUCGGGGAAUUUCCAAAAAUCAGAAGAAAUCUUGAGGGAAAUUCUGGGGAAAGGAAUCAAGCCUGAUAUAAUUUCUUACAAUACAGUUAUUUAUGCAUACUGUAGAAACGGUAGGAUGGGGGAGGCUUCACGGAUAUUAUCUGAAAUGAAAGAUAAUGGCCUUGUUCCUGAUGUUGUCACGUACAACACUUUUGUUUCAACUUAUGCUGCUAACUCAAUGUUUGUGGAGGCUAUUGAUGUCGUUCGAUACAUGAUCAAGCUGGGGUGUAGGCCAAACCAGAGUACUUACAACUCUAUAGUUGAUGGGUAUCGUAAGCUGAAUCGACAGGAUGAAGCAGACGAUUUUGUUAAGAAUCUCACGGACCUUGAUCCUCACAUUUCGAAGGAUGAAGAAGGCAGGUUGUUGGAGCGGAUAGGAAGAAAAUGGUUAUAACUUGUUCCAUGAUUCUCAUGGUGCUUCACGGGAAUGCUUCUGUAGCUGCUAGUGAUGACAUCCUCUUCCAUGUUGUGUAACAUUCGGGUGCGAAGAUAUGGUGUGGAUGUACAUGAAAUUUCAAAGGAAAUGGUGUAGAUGAGUGCUUUGCUGGAAUAUGAAUUCAAGUUUAUACUUGGAAAACAAGAGAUUGGACUUGUCAAGCGAUCAAAUAAUUUAUGAAGUUUGUUUGUUUGUUAUUAUAUUAAAUAAUUUAGUUACCUAUCAUCCAUGUUAAUUUUUAAUUUGAAAGUAUCAUGAUAAAAGAAAGAAAACAAGCAGUGAAGCAAACUAGCAAAGCAUAAUUUUUUUCUUUUUGUAAACAAGUAACAUGAUAAAUAAAAAGUAGCUCUUUUACCUUUUUUUUUCUUGUGUAAAACUUGAAUUGAAGAUUUUGCAUGAAACAUUGAAUUAUUUCCAUUUGGCCUGUUUGUCUCUUAACCUAAGUUUUAAGGGCAUAUUCCUUUCCCAAAAAAAAAAAACAAAAAGGAGCACAUUGUUUUUAGAAAAAAAGGUAAAAAUCUAUAAAUGUUUUAACAUUAGUAGUAGUAGUAAUAAUAAUUUAUCAUGUUAAAAAACUACUCCCUCUCUCAAUUUAUAAGGCAUAAAACCAGGUGUGCUAAUAAAGUUUAUUAAACACACUUGAUAAUUUUAUUUUUCUGAAACAAACUUAUAAAAGUUUAAGAAUGCCUUUUAUUUAAUAUUCUGUUUGCCAAAAAAAAAAAACAGAGAGAAUAUAUGUGAGGGAUAAUAUUAAAAAAGUAUCAUUAAUAAAAUUUUAUUUUUAUUUAAGUGUUUAAUGCAUUGAGAUGUUAAUUUUUUCUUUUGAUACCAUGAAAAAAUUUGGGAUAUUAAAUUUUUUUAGAAGUGUUUUAUAAUUUAAAAUGAAAAGAAUAUAAAGUAUUUUAUUUUAAGUUUUCCAAUAUGCAAUUAAUAACAUUUUUUUAAAAAAGAAGUGAUAACUAU